AUGAGCUCUUUCCCCACCGCCAAGUUGUUCGAGGACGAAAUCGAGGCCGUCGCCAGAUCAACCAGUAGAGCAGACAUACCGGGUGCCUUCAACUCGUCGGACGAUUCGCUCGAUCCCGUCUCGACACCAGCACGUCGCAAGAACGGGUCGGUGCGCGGGUUUGGCGGCGACGCAUCAGCAGCAUAUCUGGAAACGCCGCAGUCCGCGCUCCCGCACCGACUGUUUGGCGCACUCCACUCCGACGCUGCAGCUGAUGACAGCGGAGUUGCCUUCGCAGACGCAGAUCACAGUGUCAAGAGUAGUAACAGAAAGAGGAUGGGCUCGCUGUUGGCCGCGACGAACAAGGAUUUAUCCGGGCACGCCUCGCCAAGGACCACCAGCGUGCUCGAAGACCUCUCUUCCCCCUCACAGGAUGCUCUUCGCCGCCACGAGACUAGCUUUCAUCGCGAUUCGCCCGCGCCGCGACCUGCUGGACGGGUCAUACUUCACGCCUUCGGCCCCAAGGAGCGAUCGUCGUUGGUCAACGAGACGCGCUUCUCCAAUUCCAGCGAGAACGGUUCCGCAAACUCGUCGCCCGAUCCCAUCCCUCGCGUCCGAUCACGCACCAACACUAGCACAGCUAGCCCCGCCCGACGAGCACGCGAACGCAGACCCACGUCCGAGUCGAUGGACCCCACCAGCCAAUACCUUACCCCGCAGAACUUCAAGAGCGUCAAGCCAUUACAGGCCGCCUUCAUGUCCACCGGCCUCAUCUCGAAGCGCAAUAAAGCUCGUGAGAACUCCGAUGUUGCCGAUGGGGGGCCCGAAGCCUUCUCGUUCCCGCCCAAGGCUAUCAAUUUCGGACAGGCUCUUGGCCUGCGCGAGGUCGUUGCUGCUGCUGCUGCUUCCGGGCAUGCCUCGACCAGCGCGGAUCGCUCCAGCAAUGCUAUGCCCGGCACACCUGUCAAGAAAGCCACCUCGACUCCUCUGGUGCCCUUCCCCAAGUUUGCUCCUGCGCUUCGAGGCCAGACUGGCGGAAACUCGUCUGUGCUGGGGCCGUCGCCGCUAGGCUCGCAUUCGCCGGCCGCCAUGGACCCUCACUCAGGCAGCAACAUGAGCGCUGGGUCCCCCGUGUUGCCCGACUCGUUCGACAGUCCUACCUUCAAUCUGGCGCAUCUCGGUGUUCCCACGGCCAGCACACCCGCGCCCUCCGCCCGUCACGGCAUGGCUUUCGGUAGCCUUCCUCGCAGCCGUCGAUCUGCGCAACCCGAAGCUCGCAACGUUCCGACUUUGAUUGCUACUGACGAUGUCACGGAGGACGAAGGAAAUCUCUCAGACGUCACGCACAGCCCCAGCCUUCAAUCGGGUCGCAUCCGCGAUGUGCAGAAACUUCAAAAGGGCAAGCGAACCAUCAACACGCCUUCGUCCAGUGCUGCGCCAGCUCCCGCUCGCAAGAUGCUGUCGGUCGACAUUGGCAAGGCUGCUGGUGCACCUAAAGCACUUCGUGUUCGCUCUGCGGGCCUCGGCAAGCGAACCAUGAGCCGCAACGCAAGCUUCAUGCGCGAUACAAGAAACGGAGCCGAUCCGAGUGCGGACGGGAGCAAUGACGCGCUCCCGCCUGCUACACCUGUCACUGCCAAUGCGUCUCUGAUGCCCGCCGAGGAGGAAUUCGAGCCCAUGACGCCGACGCGCAACCUCAAGUGGUUCGAGGCUGCGCAGAUCCUGACAACGCCGUCGCCAUCUUCGCGACGCCAGGCGGCCCAAAAGCUGCGUGCGCAUCGACUCGAGCUUAUGCAGACGCACCGCAAGUCGCGACUGUCGGAAACUUCGACCUGCCAAGACACUCCCCAAAAGCCGGCCGCAGGCUCGUCGUUGUCGUCGUUCAGCUCUCACGAGUCGGCCAUGGACGUGCGUGCAAGAGUUCAAGGAUAUGGUCAUCUGGAGACCGCCUUUUCUGUGGAAGAGACGAUCGGAUCGGGCGAGUUCAGCGAGGUGCUUAAGGCCGUCUCGCGCUCGACCGGCUAUGCGUAUGCGGUAAAGCGCAUGAAGAAGGCCUACUCGGGCCCGAGAGAUCGCCUGCGAAGGCUCGAGGAGGUCGAUGUUCUACGCACACUGUCUACGUCGGGUAAGCCGCAUGCCAACAUUGUUUCGCUCUUUGGCGCGUGGGAGGAAGAGGGCCAUCUUUUCUUGCAGCUCGAAUUAUGCCCGCUCGGCUCGCUCGCCUUCUUCCUCGAGGAGUACGGCCAGCAGGUGGGCGCACUGGACGAACCGCGGCUGUGGAAGAUCCUGGCGGAGCUGUCGAGCGGAGUAGCCUACAUUCAUGGACUCAAUAUUCUGCAUCUGGAUCUCAAACCGGCCAACGUGCUGAUCACGGAAUACGGCACGCUCAAGAUCGGCGACUUUGGUAUGGCGACGCGCUGGCCUUUGGUGGACGCCGAGACGACGUUGAAGGGUGCCGGAUUGGACGAGGAGCCUCACGCGUACGCGCUUGAACAAGUUGCCGAGCCGUGGCCUUGCCAGCGAGGACUCGAGCGCGAAGGUGACCGCAUCUACCUCGCGCCCGAGGUCAUCUUCCACGGCCAGUACGGCAAGGCGGCGGAUGUGUUCAGCUUGGGACUCAUCCUGCUUGAGGCAGCAGGCAAUGUCGAGCUUCCGGACAACGGCGAGCCGUGGCAGAAGUUGCGUCGAGACGAUCUGUCAGACGUGGACCUUAGCGCGCUCAGUGGGCCAAUGCUGCGGGUGCUCGAGCGGCUGCUAUGUUCGGACGCAGAACAACGUGCUACGAUCGACGACAUUGUGGCGCUGCCUACGUUGGCGAGCGUGCGUUCGAUCAUGUCGCGCGGUCUAUCAGCGUCCGAGAUGGAUCAGUUGCCCGAGUUUACGGACUCUUCGUCGACUUCGGGUUCGUUGGCCGUGCUGGCAGACAGCUCGUCGCUGCAUUCGCUGCCGAGCGAGCUGUCGAACCGUACACUGGGGCAGAGCGAUUCUGAGACGGGCUCGAGCAGCGCCGCCGAGAUGUCUGAGACCAAUUCUUCGCUGGGCCUGAGCGGGCUUUCACCGUCCGCAUCUGCGCAUACGUCGAUCUCUACCUCGAUGAGCUCGUUCUCGUCGCACGCCGUGAUCCGGGUGCGCGGCUCACUGAUUCAGGAGCCCGAGGCGGAAUUUAUGCGCGAGGUGCUAGGCGCAGAUCCGGUCGAGCAGAGGUGCUUCGGACAUAAGGAUGGGGUUGCGGCGACGAGGUGGAUGUCAGAGCGUCCGCCGCUGGCUGCUGUGCAGCCGUUGCAGGAAAGGGGCCAUGCCAUGGAGCUGGACACGUGA